AUGACUGGUCGCACCCUUUGGCCCAAGUUCGUGCUGGGGCUGUUGGCCGUGCGCUUCAUAUGUGCUGAGUGCAAGGUGCAGUCAGGGACAUUGACCUUUGGAGGGCCACGUGGCAACGAGGAAAGCCAAUGGAAAUUUAUUAGUAAAUUUGGAUAUGCAAUUGGCACUGGACGGUAUGAAAUCAGGCUGAGGCUUGGUGAUGCCCUGGAGCAAGAUCAGGUCUUGCCACGGCCAACUCUUGAGAUAUUUCUCGAUGAAGACUGGCCGCAGCAUGCACACAUUCCUGCUUGCCGUCGCGCUCAGGACAUUCCGGCGAGAAAGACUCAUGGAACCCUUGCGCCAGGACAGUUAGGCUUGUGGGGCCCUUGGGAGGUUGGCAUGCUGUAUCAGACAGUGCGCUCCCACAUUUGGUACUUUGCUUUGUCCGAUUGCCCUGAUGAGUUUGCCCGGCGAAUGUCUGGGAGCAGAAAUUUCAGUUAUACCAUUGAUUACGAGAUCCGUUGGAGGCAGUUCGAUGAGUCCGAGUUGAGUUUGGAGAUGAGGUACAUGCCUGUUGCAACCGUCCUUGUAUUGGUGAUUCUGACGGCGAUGGCUUGCUGGUUUGUAGCCAAGAGCCAAUCUAUGCGACAUAGCACAGGAAAACUUCAUCCAGUAGUUCGCAGCCUCCUCUUUGCCAUGGGAUUGCAGUGGGCUUCACAGGCGCUACAUUUGAUCCACCUGUGGGCCUACGAAAGAAACGGCCGAGGCCUCCCAAUCGCAGAUGGCUUUGCUGAAGUGCUCUUUAUGCUCAGCCAGGUUGGAGCUGCCUCGCUACUUAUUGCCAUAGCACAAGGCUACAGCUUACUCAGGUCCAAUCUCAGUGAGGUAGAGCUUCUGGUGCCAGUUGUCGCAGUCGUCUCUGUUCUCCACGUUGCCCUCGUAGCCUGCGGGAAGCUACAGACUGAGGACUUCAAGUAUCACGAAAAUGAAGGUCUCAUUGGCUGGAUUCUGCUGUCAGUUCGGCUUAGCCUCUUUGCUUGGUUUCGCUCCGGAAUCCAAAUGCUCCGAUCCUCAGGUGGUUUGAAGCUGCAGAGCUUCCUUGGGAUGUUUGAGAUCGUCGGAUCAGCAUACUUCCUUGCCUUCCCCACGAUCUUUGUUCUGGUGCAGGUCUUGGCGCCAUACCUCCAGCAUCCAGUGUUGCAAACAGCCCUGCUGGCCAUUCAAACAGCUUCAUGGCUGUGGCUGGCAGACCUCUUCCUGUCGAAGAGAGGCAGCUACUUCCAGAUCUCGGAAUUGAGUGCCUCGAUGCUGCCUGGGGUUGGGUGGAAUUGCUACAAUCACAAGAAAGUGAUGUGA